AUGAUCAGUAUCGCGUUGAGCGGAGACGCAUUCGUUGGAAAAACAUGCUUUUUUAAGCGAUUUUCGGUUGGACAGUUUGAGGAAAACACAUCGUCAUCAAUUGGGUGUGAUGUGACGUGCAAAAAGUUGAUAUUAGAGGGGAAGAGUUAUAAUGUGCAACUCUGGGACACAGCUGGGCAAGAAAUAUUCAGAAGUACAACUGCAACAUAUUUUCGCAACAGAAGCUGUGUGUUGUUUAUGUUCGAUUUGACAAGUUCUGAAACGUUGUCACAUGUUGAGGAUUGGCUAAAAACAUUCUACGAAAUUAACAACGAAAACACGCCAACACUUCUAGUAUUAAUUGGUACUAAAUGCGACUUGGUUGCAGAAAGAGUUGUGACUGAAGACCAAGCAAAGGAAUUUGCAAAAACGCACUCUAUACCAUAUUUCGAGUGCUCUUCAAGACUAAACAUCAACAUCGACACAAUCAUCCAUUUCGUCCUCAAAAAUUUAAGGAAUCCCCCACAACUACAGCAACAAACCAAAAAGGAAGAGGAACCUGUUAUACUUCACGUCAAUGUACCAGACUCUGAAGAGUCACAGAAUGAUGGAAUGUGUUGUUGA